AGCAAAACAUAGUUUCUGACUACUAGCUUCAUGUACAUUGUAACAGGAAGUAAUAUGUUCCUGCUGUUACUGAUCCAUAUAAAUGAUCUUUUAAAAGUAACAGCCCAACGUAAUCUUACACCGUUUGGCACAGCAACACAAAGUUCUCAGAUUGCUUCGAGAGGAAGACCUCGUUAUGCUUUACAACCGCCUAUAUCAAAUGACUUUACUCUUGAUAUAUGUUCCCACACAUUCCCUGGUAAUGCACCGGCUUGGUGGAUGUUUCAAUUUUCCUUCGGAUUGGGUUACAUCACCGAUGUAACAAUCUACUACAGAAAAGACUUUGCUUAUCGCAUGGAUGGAUUUGCGUUAUAUGUGACCAAUACAUCAACCAUUCCACCUGAUGGUUAUCUUUGUUAUGAGGAUCCUGAUCCUGGUCUCCCAAACAUCACACAAACUAUUCCUUGUAAUCAACUUGGGAAAUAUGUCAUAUACUACGAUAAUAAAGGGUCCAAUGAUGGAUCAUCGGUCAGCGGACCUAUAGUUGAAUUAUGUUACGUUGCCAUCAAUGGUUGUCAAAAGAGCCGCUGGGGUAGUAACUGCGAGAAAUUUUGCUCCGAGAAUUGUAUAGAGCAACAUUGUUACCUUAGAAAUGGUUCUUGCGUUUGGAGUUGUAACACUAAUAAUUGUUUAAAUGAUAUUUGCAAUACAUUUAGUGGAGUUUGCACUGAUGGUUGUAAGGAAAGACGGACCGGAAACUAUUGUAACAAAUAUAACAUGGCAUCUGACGGUUUAGUCGAGCUGACCCCAAAAGGUAGCCAACCAGGUAGUCUAGCAAAUGAUGGAAAUAAAACAUCAUGUUCCAAAGCAGAGGGACCUACCGUAACAUUUCAGGUUGACCUUCAGACAAAAAGCAUUGUAACUGGAGUGUAUAUAACUUUUGGUGAACUUACAAAUACUACAAUGGAUGGGUAUCAUACCGUUUACGCUUCAAAUACAAGCAUUUCUUGGGAAAAUGGAACUGUUCUGUAUCAAGGAAAAUCUUUGCCUACUGAAAUCUACUUUAACGCCGUUUUCAGAUAUUUUACUUAUGUACCUCCAGUCCAGAAUAUAUCUUCUGAACUUGAAGUAUGUGAAAUUGGAAUUGCUGGUUGUCCUCCUUCCCGUUAUGGUCCUAUCUGUAAUGAAUCGUGCCCAGGAAACUGUAACGGACCAUGUGACCUUGAAACCGGAAAUUGUAUAUUUGGCUGUUUAGAAGGAUGGAUUGAAGACAAAUGUGAACAAGCAUGCCAAGAUGGUGCAUACGGUAAGGAUUGUCUUGAGACAUGUUCAGCAAACUGUUUCAAUCAAACAUGUAAUAAAACUAUUGGAGAAUGCCUUUUGGGAUGCAAUAAUGGAUUGCAGGGAUUCAAUUGUACACAAGAAUGUCCUGGUGGUCAAUUUGGGCGAAAUUGUUCACAGUUUUGUAACGGUUGUAUAUCAAAUAUUUGUAAUCAUGUAAAUGGAUUAUGUGACAACUCAACUGGUUGUAACCCUGGUUAUGUAUACGGAAAUUUCUGCAACACAACAUGUCAGGCUGGUACAUACGGUAACGAUUGUCUUAAGACAUGUUCAGUUAACUGUUUCAACCAAACAUGUAAUAAAAUUACUGGAGAAUGCCUUUUGGGAUGUAAUGCCGGAUGGCUGGGAUUCAAUUGUACACAAGAAUGUCCUUAUGGAAAAUUUGGGAGAAAUUGUUCAGAGUUUUGUAAGGGUUGUAUAUCAAAUAUGUGUGAUCCUGUAAAUGGAUUAUGUGAUAAUACAACCGCCAUUAAACCUGGUAAUGAAUGUAGAAAUUCCUGCAACCCAGGGUGCACAUAA